AUACCCAAGUUUGCAACAAAAUGCUAACCCAAGUUUGCUAACACUGCGAAUGUCCUAAUCCUCAUCUCACUUGACAGCCUAAAAAAUAGUCAGAAUCCCAGGGAGAUAGUAGGCGUCCAAACCAACUCAACCGGGAAAGUCCUCGCCGGAGGCGGUUGGUUUGAGUGAAUUCAACAGCUCAUUGUUUAUUUCCUUGUUGAUGAAGGCACAAAUUAGCAAAACGAGUUUCACGUGCGCGUAUAAAAAUUAUACGGAUUAUAUAUUACGUCGCGGACCUCAUAUCUUCUGCUCAAAGCUGACUUUUUUAUUUCAUUAUUAAGAUCAAUCGCUCAAUCAUGGAUGAGCCACUGCUAUCAGCAAAAGCGGAAAACCUAAGUGGACAGAGAGACUGGGAAAGAUGGAGUUCAUCGUCUGCUUAUGUGGGAAGAGCAAUUCCUACAGCUCCCUUGAUCGGAACCGAAGUCAGCGUAGAUGAGAUUCGAUCUGCCGCCGCAGCGGCAGCUGUUGCUUCCAUUUCCUACCCUCCUAUACCUCAAUCUCCUCCCUUGCCCAGCUUUCCCCAGUCCCAUCACUAUGUCAACUGCCAAGGUGGAUAUUAUGGAGAAGUAGCAAGAGCUACUGGUGGCAUAAGAAGGCAAGAGCUAGAUGAGGUAGAGAUACGAGAGUUGCUAAUAGAUGAAAUUGGCCAUCGUUGCUGUUGGGGAAGUCGUCCAGCUCGUACCUGGAAAAUCCAUGCAGUAGAGGACUGCAAUGUAUAUGUGGGAACACUGGAUACUUUUAUAGAGGAGAGGGAAGUACUUGCAGAAACAGAGCCGUACUUUGGUGGCAAUAUUGAAGGAAACAAUGAAAAAUAUGAAGUGGGAAUAUGGGAUUUGGAUUUAAGGUCUGAACUUCCCGGCUUGUUCAUACCUUAUAAAGAAUCAAGGAUGAGAGUUCCUCACUCUGAAAUUAUAGGCAAAUGCCCAGGUUGUCGUGGACGAGGAAAUGUAGUUUGCCCAACUUGUAAUGCUGAUCAAGAUCCCAAGUUCUACAAGGAAGGUCAAACUUCUCAGUGUCUCCAAUGUUAUGGGAGAGGCCUAAUUGCUCAUAAAGAUGGAUCCGAUACUAUGUUAGCUCCAUUUCUCUUAUAACUCAAUAUGAGUGGUUUUGCCAGCAAAUAAAUUAAAUUAGCGAAUGUAUGCUGGUUUUUAUUAUUUAUCAGAUGCCAAAAGUGCAAAGGCGAUGGAAAAGUGCCGUGUCCCACUUGCGAGUCACGUGGGCUAAUGAAAUGCCAGACAUGCCAGGGUAGUGGUUCACUGUUGUCAUACAAAGUUGCUGUUAUCAAAUGGUUUGUAUUUUAUUUACUUAUAUCUUUUAUUUAUUUAACCUACUAAAACCUUGUUGGGGAUCCGGUUUCUCUGCUUGGAUAAUGUGAGCUAUCUGAUGAGCAUGGGUCUCACAGCUGUAACACCCUGUCCACUUUCGCCAAGCUGAGGAUCUUGGUUUUGUAAUGUCCAUAUACGACAUACUUCGCAAUCUUCAUUUAUAUGAUCUUACACAUAAACUUCUUGUAUAAAGGCAAGAAGGUUCUCAUUUUUUA